AUGACUUUGUGGAUGACUUACAGGAAACCCCACAAAGCAGUUCACUCGCACCAGACGUCUGCGAAUUUUGGAAAUAAUAAUUGUUUACGAAGAAUGAGAAUAAGUAAAGCUCUCAAGGAAACAAAUCGUUUAUCAAAUUUAAGUCAUCGAAUGAAAACCAAAACUGAAAUUCAAGCAUCAAAUUUAGUUGAAGAUUUUCAUGCAUUUUUUUUAAUGACUAAUAAAUACUUGUAA